CGCACGCCACUGUUUUACGAGCUCACGAAGCAGAGGUGCCCACGGACAGACCGCGUGCGGCCGUAGUCACCGCGCAGUGUCGUCGCCGCCACCGUCAUGACAGCAGUAUCGUCCACGUACUUUUGGUCAAUGCUCGUUUUCACGAUGGUCCACAACACCAAAGAAAUACUAUUCAGUGAUACGCCUAAAUUCAGCGACCGCAUGGACAACUUAACAGUAACAGUCGGCCGAGAUGCGAUCCUCGAGUGCGUCGUAGAAUCACUGUCGACAUACAAGGUCGCCUGGCUGAGAGUGGACACACAGACGAUACUGUCCAUACAGACGCUCGUGGUGACGAAAAACGACCGGAUGGAAGUGACCCACACGGACCACAGGGUGUGGAGGCUGCACAUCAGAAACGUACGGCAGAGCGACCGUGGGUUUUACAUGUGCCAGAUAAACACGGACCCCAUGAAGAAUCAAAUCGCGUAUCUCGACGUAGUCGUGCCUCCAGAUAUUUUAGACUACCCAACCAGUUCAGACAUGGUAGUGCAUGAAGGUAGUAACGUGACAUUACAAUGUGCCGCUACAGGAUACCCAAGUCCAACGAUAACAUGGCGAAGAGAAGACAACCAUAACAUCGUGAUUUCUAACACGUUAACUGUUGCAGUAGUGGAUAGCUCCACGCUUACCUUUCACCGUGUGACAAGACAACACAUGGGUUCAUAUCUUUGCAUUGCUUCCAAUGGCGUGCCACCGACAGUCAGCAAGCGCAUUACUCUGAUCGUCCACUUCGCUCCCAUGGUUUGGAUUCAAAAUCAACUGGUCGGUGCUUUUGUUGGAGAUCGAUUGUCAAUAGAAUGUCACGUCGAAGCAUUCCCGAAGUCCAUAAAUUAUUGGUCGUCAGAAAACGGAAACUUACUGACUCAAGGAGAUAAUUACGAUACAACGUUAAAAGAAGUCAAUUAUAAAACAGAAAUGAGAUUAACCAUUAACCAAGUAAAAGAAGAACAUUUCGGCACGUACCAUUGUGUUUCAAAAAACUCUUUAGGCGCAACGGACGGGACUAUCAAAGUUUAUAAAUUACCAGGAAAAAACUGGAACAAUAAUUAUCAGACGUCCGUGACGGCUUCAAAUAACGGCCUGCAGCAUAUUACAGGGUCUACGUCUAAUAGAGAAGGCAAAAAUAACUGUAUGCCGAUCAAUCCUAAGCCUGCGGUAAUUUUUUAUUGCAUUGUCUUAUGCGGAAUACUGUUAUCAAAAUCAUCAUGAGCGUUUAUCAGAAUGAUACGUUAUUUUUCAUGAAAAACAGGGUACCAUAAGUAUGUAAAGUUUGUAUAUUGUUUAUGGUAUAAUGUAAUUAGCUGUCAAUAUCGUGUUAACUAUACGCAUCAUUUUAUAUAAGAUAUAUAUAACAAUAGUGGUAUGAUGGUAUUGUAAAGAUAAUAAGGAAUUGUCUACAGAGAAUAUCUUAAAUUUUAUUUGACAAUAUUAGCGGAUUACAAUAUAAUAUUAUAAGACAUGUUUUAACAAUAAAACAAAAUUCGUCGUGUACCUAUGUAAAUAAACCGUCAAAUAAGUAGGUAUUGAAAUUAUACGAACAAUCGCAAUAAGACUAACGUGAUUUGUGAUGAAUUGUUUUGUUUAAAUACUGUUUUUCAAACAAAAUGUAUUUGUACUUCCAACCUCGGUAGGUAUAAGAUGUUCAAAAUUAUUUUUGGAUAGGUGCCUGCGCUGUAGCCUUUAAUUCUGUAUUUCACAAAUCACAAGUUUUAUAUAUUAUAUUAUUAUGUAUUUAUAUAGGUACCUAUAAUAAGUACCUAUCAACCUAGAUUGUUGUAAAAAAUACAUAUUUUUUUUGUUUAUUUAAUCGUUACUAAAUAGACAUGACUAAAUACAAUAUCAUUGUCAUAGUAUGAUGUCAUUAGGUAAAAUAUUCAACGUGCUGAAACGUUUCAACGAGCUCCUGAUAAAACUAUACGUUUUUAUUUAAUAAAUAAUAUUAUUAAUAUUGUUAUGUUUUUUAUGUGUACAAAAUAAGUCUUGAAUCUUUUUCUUUCUCUAAUUUUAUUGUUACCUAUAUGGCUAUAUUAAAUCAUCAAUAUUAUUAAUUUAGACGGUUAUUACUUAAGUUAUUAUAGUAGGUUUAGUAUCAUGGGCACCUAUGUAACCUACUAACCUAUUGGUUACUUAAACACUACGCGAUAAAUGAUAAUAUUUUAUUCGAGCAAGAGUCAAUGAUCAAAACAAACAUAAGUUAUUAAUUCAGAAUUUGUCAUAAAAUUAAUAACAUUCUAUACCACCAUCGUGGCGUGUCUAUAUCUUCUAUAUAUAUAAAAAUAAGUGUACAUUUUGAAUAAAUUGUAUAACUCAAGAUCCACCAAACCGAUUUUGAUAAAAAUUUCAGGACAUAUUAAGAUUGAUAUGUAGAUGGUUUCUGUGAAGUUUGUACGCUGUGGGAUAAGUGGUUCCGAUAUUAUAUUAUUAUUAUAUUAUAUUAUUAUAGUAUGACAAAUUAAGUCUGUUGUUGAAAACACAACAUUUCAAUAUUCUAAUCAAACCUAUCGUGUAUGGGCAGAUGUCUAAAUUCGAGACUGAAUAAUCAUUGGAUACCUGCCUAUUAAAACGUUGUUUUGUCAUAUAAAUUAUUUCUAAUGAAUAUUUGGUAGUCAAAUAGAAAAAUAAAAAAUAACUAAAUUAUUGUAACUGUGUGUUGAUGUGUCAUACUGGUAUAUGACUGAAAGAGGAAUGGAGCACUGCAGCACUGUGAACAAUAACAAAACAUGAAAUAUUCAUUUUUUUGAAUUCAUUGUACUUUUAUUAUCUUUACUAAUAAAUUUCAAAUUACAUCUCUAUCACACAUUAUAAAAAUUGAAAAAAACCACUAUCUAGUCUCUUAGUGCAAUGAGCGUAUAAUAUUUUUAGUGAGUCCAUCUUUAGCCAACACAAACAAACUGGAUGGUUUACCCCCGCGAGAACAUGCCACUUAUAUUAUAAUUGUCCGUUUUAAAAACACGGUGUACCCAAAUCUAAACCACAAACAGACAUCGUUUGGCCUUGAGACCUAUCGAUUGUCAUUGCGAAUGCCAAUCUAAUUGGAAAUCGAACCUGUUUGAAUUCAAUUGGCACAUCUGUGGUAUAAUAGGGAUUCGUGGUAGUAAUACAUCUUCUCCUCGGAACUUGCCAUUCAAAAUAAUGCUGGUAACGAUAACGGUUUUCAUCAAUUUUUUAAUGACUAAUCGCGUGCCAUUACACAGCCUUGGUGGGUUCAAAUUACGAAGUAAUAAUAGGAGUUCCAACGUUCCGUUGUAAAUGGUGUGGUGGCAUGCCUGGCAAAUCCAAUGAAUUCAAAAACUCUGCUGGAUAAUAAUUUACAGUUUCAUUGGUAUCGCAAACUGUAUCGAUAGAUUUGUAUGACACCGCAAGUACCCUGGCAACAACUGUUGUAUCUUGAAAUUCAAGUCGUUGACAUCCACAUUUUUUACUGCCAAAAUUGCUCUUUCUGCCAGCCACUCAUGGUUCAAGUAUUAUGUGCGUAUAUAGGGAAAUAUCUAGCCAAUGAGAUCAUUUUGCGAAUUAAUGACUGUGCAGAAAUCGUUUGGCAAUUUUAUGCAUCCGGUAUUUUCAUGUAAAAGCUACUUUUCUAUCACUGACAUCCAACAGUUGUUUUGAGAAUGUUUCAGCGGUUGGAUCUUGAAGCAUUUGAACGCGCAUAUAUUUGCUUUCAGAAAUAAAUAGAUAGUAAAUAAAUAAUAAUAAUAAAUAAAAUAAAUAUUAUUCUCAAAUCUUAUAACCAAUAGGGCAAUAGCAACAAUCAAUUAACAAAAAUUUCUAUCGUAAAUCUCAAAAUUUAUAAAUUUUUUAUAUAUAUAAUAUAUAGAUUAUAUUAUACGAGUACAUCCAAAAAAAUCGUAGGUAUUUAGUUCAUUAUAAUGUAAUUCAAAAACUAUAGUAUUAGGGUACUUACCCAUAAUAUUAAGCCAACAUUAAACAUAUCGAUUAUCGAUAGCUUGUUUCUAAAUGUCGGGGGGGAUGCGUACGAAGUUAGAUAUUUUAUUGCGUAUCAGUGAACCAUUAUUUGCUUAUAAUUUUUAUAUAAUUGUUGGAUCUGGUCUAAAUAGUAAUUUCCUUUCUUCCGAACUUGGUUUUUCUUCAUAUUAUGAUAUAAUAUAUAGAUAUGAUCGCGACUAUAUAAACUCCGAUGUUUGCCUAUGUGGUGCACCCACCGAGUUUAAUUUAUAGGUAAAGUGGUUAUAACGUAAUACCUACCGUAGGUACCUAUAUACAUACUCCUAUUUGAUUAAAAUUCGUAUUUUAUAUAAUAUUAUUCUAUUACAUGGGUAUGUACUUUAUGUUAAAAUAUUCUCAUAACAUUCAAUACAUAAUAAUAAUAAAUUUCUUCAAACCUAUGUAAUAUUUUUCGUAAAAUAUAUCACUUUAUAUUAUUUAGGUAGAAGUACCUAUUUCUCAAACUCAAACGUCAAAUGAUAUUAUAAUAAUAUGAUGAAAUAAUAUAAUAUAAUUUCUGUGUUCGAAAUAAAAACGGGAACGCAGAUGAGGACUGUGGUCAGGUACCUACCUAUAUCUGUACGUUUAUCACGAGGGCGGACUGUGCAAAUGUUCAAUGGAAUAUUGUUAUAAUGUUAUACCCAUUGAAAGUCUGCGCUCUUCAAGUCACAAGUAGGUACCUACGUAACCGCUACCAGUACAAUAUGGCUAGUGGCUACAUAAAUACAAUUUACCUCACUUAUGACUUAUAGUAAACUUUGAAUAAAAAAUAAGAAACAAAGAAAAAUUGUGCGGUAGACGGCAGGUAGGUAGGUAAUUAUGAUGUUAUUCUACCUACCUACCAUGAACACAAAUGUUAUCAUUGCAUAUAUGCAUGAAAUUAAUGUAAGUACAGUCUUAAAUCCAUAGACAAUUGGAUAAAUCCUUUGAUAUGCAAAAAUUAUCAUAUUAUUCAUUUAUUGCACUCAACAGCAAUUAUAUUAUUUUGUAAAUAGAUUAAACAUUUACAGGGGUGGGAUGCUAUUCAUUAGCAAAAAAUAGGUCCACAGUUGUAAAAUAAAUAAUAAUAAUAAUAAUAAUAAUAACUUUUUAGUUAGCAUUAUGUAAUAUUAUUAAAUAUCAUAGUUUUAAAUUAUUGUAUAAUAUUAAUAUAUAAUUCAACUUUUAUUAAACAAUAUCAUGUGAAAAGCGCUAGGUUGACCCAAUACAAACAAUUAAAUAAAUAUAUUAUAUUACAAAAUCGUCUGGACUUUACUAUAGUAUUAAAUCUGAUUAUACGUCAUAGACAUUAUUGUCUAAGAAAUGCUCGUGCUCUUUUGAAAUAUUAUUUAUUUACUUAAUUUUUUUUUUAAACAUUAUUUUUUAUAACAAUUAUUAUUACUUACGUUACUAAUGAACCAUAAACCUACAAUCAAUACAAUAAAUGUAAUUUUAAUAAAUCAAUUUCCAACUACUAACUAAUUUGUUGUAUUAAUUGUUAAAUACUCAAAUAUAUCUUUAACCAAUAAAUUCAAAAAAGUUAAACAAAGUUGUAGAUCAGUAAAUAAAUGUAAAUUUUUAUAUUUUUUUCCCCAUCUGUAAAAUAGUUUUGUAAUAUUGUAUACUUAACUACAUUUAUUAUUAGUAUCAUAUUAUAGCAUGAAUUGUUAAUUGUUAUUAAUAAUUAUUUAUUAUCAUCAAAUAAGCUUUGUUGUAAUAAUGAUACAAUGUUAUUUGUAAUAUAUUUUGCAAAUAAUGUAAAUAGUUCUAAUUGCAUAAAAUUUAUAGAAAUUUAAAUAAAUACCUACCUAUGUAAUUGUACAUAAUACUAGCUU